GGAAACUGUGAGGUGUGCUAGUUUUAUUUUGUUUGUGUGCAGGUGGCGAGGUCUCUGAGAUUUUCAGUGAGCAGCCAACAGCAGCUUCAUCAUGGUGUACGGCCAGAUCCUGCAUCAGCCCGAUGAGUGCUUCAUUAACGUCAACGUUGGAGGAUUCAGGCAACGGAUGGAUCAAACUGUGCUGAGGAGAUUCCCACAGACGCGCCUCGGUCGUCUUCUGUGCUGCAGCUCCAAAGAAGCCAUCCUGGAGCUCUGUGAUGACUUCAGCCCCUCUGACAUGGAGUACUACUUUGACCGCAGCCCUAACUUUUUUUGUUACGUUCUCAACUUUUACCUGACAGGGAAAAUCCACCUGGUGGAUGGGUUAUGCGUUGUCUCGUUUUUCCAGGAGAUAGAGUACUGGGGCAUCAAGGAGCGUCACCUAGAUUUGUGCUGCAGCUACAGAUUUCUGGAGCUGAUGGAGAAGCGAUGCCGGGGUCAGCAGUGUGAUGACCAACAGCUCUACAGCUUGGACUCUUCCGUAGAGGAGCUGUCAACUGUGGAGGACGACAUGGAAAUCUUUGAAGGCUCCUGGUGUGCAAAUGUCCGCAGAAGUAUUUGGAUUCGACUUGAGAAUCCUGGUUUCUCCACCUCAGCCAAAGCGAUAGCGGUGGCUUCAGUGAGUGUGGUCAUCAUCUCCAUUGUGGCCAUGUGCUUAAACAGCAUGCCAGAAUUUCAUCAGGGAGACUCUGAUGAAAAGCAGAUUGAGAACCCUGUGCUGGCUUUCUUUGAAAACCUGUGUGUCCUGCUCUUCUCUGCUGAGUUUGUUCUUCGUUUGACUGUUGCACCAUCAGCCAGGAAGUUCUUGUGCAGCCCUUUUAAUAUAAUCGACUUUUUAUCAGUAAUGCCCUUCUACAUCACUUUUAUCUGUGAUAAAGUAAACAAAGAAGAGAACACAGAGUUGGAGAACGUCGGUAAAGUGGUUCAGAUCUUGAGGUUGAUGCGAGUGUUUCGUAUUUUGAAGCUGGCUCGUCACUCGGCUGGUCUCCGCGCCCUCGGGGCCACACUGAGGCACAGCUCUCGUGAAAUGGGGCAGCUGGUGCUUUUCUUGUCUAUGGGCGUCUCUUUGUUUUCUGCUCUUAUUUACUUUGUAGAAAAAGAGUCUCCAGAGUCACAGCUGCAGACCAUCCCUAUUGGCUGGUGGUGGGCCACCAUUAGCAUGACCACGGUGGGUUACGGGGACACGUUCCCAGUUACUUUAGCUGGGCGGCUGAUAGGAUCCCUCUGCAUCAUCUGUGGACUGCUGAUCGUGGCUCUACCCAUUACUAACGUUUUCAACAAGUUCUCCAAGUUCCACCAAAAGCAAAAACACUUAUUUAUCAAGCAGAGCAAUAACCAAUAACAGAGCAAACCA